AGUACAGUUGAUCUCCUAUUUGCACGGUUAACUGGGACAGUAAAUUACUCGUGUAAAAAAAACCGUGCAAAAAAAUCAAAUUUUUAUAUAAAACUCACUAUUGGGACCAAUUUAAGAAAAAAAUCGUGCAAAAAAUAGAAAACGUGUAAAAAAGACCUAAUUUUACAUGAAAAUCUAUCUAUUCGUACAGUGAGAAUUUACACUGUUGUUGUUGUUAUAGACCUUUCUGGUAUUAUACAUAUGUAUGUACAUGUUACUGUUAGAAGGAACAAACAACAACUAUUCUGGGAAUGCAAUGGAUUUGUGACGUAUGGAAUUUUGAUUUUAUUGCAAAAAAGUAUACAAUGAAAAUAAAAAAUUCGUGUAAAAAAAGUAAAACCGUGUAAAAAUGGUAUCUGGGAAGUGUUCAAAAACACCGUGUAAAAAAAAACCGUGCAAAAAAAACCGUGUAAAAAGGAGAUCAACUGUAUUUAAAAACGUUGACUGAAACACACACAAACACAUGUGAAAAUGAAAACGUCGGUUUGACUACUCGUAAUCUCAUAUAUGACGAACGUAAAUUGCUGGACUUUUGUGGACAAAUCGGUUUGUUUAUGGCUGCGUUCGAAGCAAUGAAUCAUGAAAUUGUGUUAUGCUAUAGUUAUGGAUACAUUGAAUGAAGAUUGCAUUGUUCAAAUUUUACAAUAUUUAUCAUUGAAAGACCAAAUAGCAGUUUUACUCUCUAAUGAAAGUUUAAUUGAUAUUCUUGGGAGCAUGUGGAAAAUAAAAUAUAAAAGACAAUUGCUUUUAAAAUUAAAGGCUGAAAUGCCAAUCGAGAUCUAUGAGCUUAAACAAUUUCUUAGAGUUGUGCACCCAUACAUAGAAAAUCUUCAACUCGAACUUGAAUCAAAAAAUAUGAUUAGUGUGCUAAAUGGAUUUAAGUUUAUCAAAACAAGUAACCUUUAUAUAACUGUGGGAAGUUCAGAGAUGCUGGAACACGAAUUUGUAACCAUUUUACAUGAUAUUUUUCCAAACGUGAAGGUUCUGCAACCAAAUGGAAAAUUUACAGGGGCAGGUUUUGCAAUGUGGAAAAGCUUGGAACAAUUAACGCUUACUUCAUGUUAUAUCUUUCGAUUUCACUACUUAGAGCGGAUACUGCAAGAACUACCAUUAAAUACAUUAAUCUUGAAAAGUUUUAAAAUGAAAUUACCGCGCCUAGCAGAGAAUGCCCUUCAAUACUGUAGAUUACGAGUUUUGAUACUAAGCUCGUAUGAGUUAUCUUAUUUCACGCCCCAAUUAAAGAAUUUGCAACAUUUGAAGGAGCUGUAUAUAAGCGAUUUAUUUUCUACAGCCAAUUUGGAUUCACUCCACAAAAAACUCGGGGAGAUGCAUCAUACUCGGCACAUUGAAGGGAUAUAUACACGUGAUAUAACAACAAUUUUUCCAAAAAUUAUUAACUGUCGAAUGCAUACCCAUUUGAGGCGUUUAAUACUGGCCGUGGACCCUCUGGCUUUUUCAGACAUGCUUAUUUACAUUUGUUUGUUACCUACAUUGCGUGUAUUGCAUUUCCAUGCAUGUUAUGUGCGUAGCGAGUUGGACUUUCAAAAAUUGUUUUUGGUCUCUGCGCAUUUGGAUGAAAUAAGUUUGGAAGGUUGCAUUAUCAGUUAUGGUAGUAAUCCAAGUUUGAAUGUUAACGAAGUUGUAGAGAACCGAACAAAACCAAUUACUUUAAAUUUUUAUGCCAAUAAACUAGAUGAUGAAAAUAAGAUGGCUGAAUUGCAAAUUACAGGUCGUAGCAAUUUGUUUAUACUGGAGUGUGAACAAAAAUUGAAGAAACGUUGUGGAUACUUGGUCUAUGAAUUUGGCUGAUUAAAUAUUACAUUAAUUCUAAGAAAUAUUAAAAUACAUGUAUUUUUUUUUAGAAUUUCUAAAGAACUAAAUUAAUGCUUAAAUAUGUAUUUCCUUUUGUUUUUUAUGAUAUGAUUACUAUUUACAAUUAAUGUUUAAAAAUUAUUGUUAUAAUCAUCUAUUAUAUUAUGAAAUUACAACUUUAUUUAGCAGUGUUUAAUAGAUUGGUUAAAUGUUGAAAAUAUUGAAG